CAGUGAAUUUUGGCAAUGUGCUUCUCAAACUGAUGAAAAACUACUAAUACAGACAUUUGGUUUAAUUGUUUAGUAUUUGGACUGUGAUACGUUAGUCAAUGUUCCCAUGAAUAUACAGUCUCAAAAUACUAGGUUGGGCAUUUUUCAUCUGAAAUAUCCCCACUAUAAUUAGCCCUGUCAGCUUGUAUUAUUUCAAGUAUCUUCACUCAUAUAUAUCUCAAGGACACCUAAAUGUACCAUGCAAUUAACUGAAUUAUUGAGGUAUGUAACAAUUUGUAUUAUAGUUCCAUUGGAUAUAUAUGUAUAUCCAGAAUAUAUACAUAUGUGUGUGUGUGUAUAUAUAUGUGUGUGUGUAUUUAGACAAAUUUUAAGUGAAAAUGAUAUCAAAAUAUUUGAAGGCAUUUUAAAAAUAUUUUUCUUCUCAACCGCUGGCUUCAGUUUGAGUCAUCCGUGGAGGAACAUACAGCAGAGAAUGGGAUUAGUCUGGGAAACAGAGGAUACUGCCUGGAAUACAGAACUCCAUCAUAUGGGAAUUCCUGCUGCAAAGUUGUGUCCAAUCAAGAAUUAAGUCCCUAAGUACACACACUCCUCAUGUUAGCUCCUAACAACACACAGAUUCUUUCAAUGUUCAGUUGUUUAUUCUGUGCAAUUACUGCCAUUCAAAUCACCCAAGCAGGAUGAAUCACAGCGUGGUAACUGAGUUCAUUAUUCUGGGCCUCACCAAAAAGCCUGAACUCCAGGGAAUUAUCUUCCUCUUUUUUCUCAUUAUCUAUCUUGUGGCUUUUCUCGGCAACAUGCUCAUUAUCAUUGCCAUAAUCUCUAACAACACCUUGCAUAUGCCCAUGUAUAUUUUCCUUCUGACACUGGCUGUUGUGGACAUCAUCUGUACAACAAGCAUCAUACCAAAGAUGCUGGGGACCACGCUAACAUCAGAAAACACCAUUUCAUAUGCAGGCUGCAUGUCCCAGCUCUUCUUCUUCACAUGGUCUCUGGGAGCUGAGAUGGUUCUCUUCACCACCAUGGCCUAUGACCGCUAUGUGGCCAUUUGUUUCCCUCUUCAUUACAGUACUAUUAUGAACCACCGUAUGUGUGUAGCCUUGCUCAGCAUGGUCAUGGCUAUUGCAGUCACCAAUUCCUGGGUGCACACAGCUCUCAUCAUGAGGUUGACUUUCUGUGGACCAAACACCAUUGACCACUUCUUCUGUGAGAUACCCCCAUUGCUGGCUUUGUCCUGUAGCCCUGUAAGAAUCAAUGAGGUGAUGGUGUAUGUUGCUGAUAUUACCCUGGCCAUAGGGGACUUUAUUCUUACCUGCAUCUCCUGUGGUUUUAUCAUUGUUGCUAUUCUCCGUAUCCGCACAGUGGAAGGCAAGAGGAAGGCCUUCUCAACAUGGUCAUCCCAUCUCACAGUGGUGGCCCUUUACCAUUCUCCUGUAAUCUACACCUAUAUCCGCCCUGCUUCCAGCUAUACAUUUGAAAGAGACAAGGUGGUAGCUGCACUCUAUACUCUUGUGACUCCCACAUUAAACCCAAUGGUGUACAGCUUCCAGAAUAGGGAGAUGCAGGAAGGAAUUAGGAAGAUGUUUGCAUUUCUGAAACACUAGUAGUUUCAACAUGGAACAUCACCUCUCUACUCUAGAACCAUCUUCUAGAGCAUCUCAGAUUUUACUGAUUUUUCAUAGUUACCUCCAUUCCAAA